AUGUCUUCGCCCACCACCACCACCACCACCACCACCACCACACCAACCCACAAACUCACCCCCCUCGCAACCCUCACACCACCCUCCAACUCGCGAACCUGGCAAUCCGCGCCGCAUCCCUCCCUCCCUAUCGUCGCAACUGCCUGUUCCGACCGCAGCGUCCGCGUCUACAGCCUAACCUCCUUCACGCUGCUACAUUCUAUAACCGGUGGGCAUAAGCGCAGCGUGCGGACUGUAUCCUGGAAACCGAAUACACGCGGGCAGAGCGUGUUGGCGACUGGUAGUUUCGAUUCUAGUGCCGGGAUAUGGCGGAGGGAAGAAAACGGCGGUAGUGGUGGAAUGGAGAAUGAUUUCACGUCAAGACGCUUCGGCGGCGCAGAAGACGACUCCGACAACGAACGCGACGAAGCAGACGACUACCAAUUCUCCUGCAUCCUCGACGGCCACGAAUCCGAAAUCAAAUGCCUAGCCUGGAGUCCCUCUGGCCAAUACCUAGCGACGUGCUCCCGCGACAAGAGCGUGUGGAUAUGGGAAGAACUCGAAGACGAUAACUUUGAGACUGUGGCUGUGCUGCAGGAACACGACGGCGAUGUCAAGAGCGUGGCAUGGCACCCGGAAGAAGAUUUGCUGGUCAGCACGAGCUACGAUGAUACAGUGAGGUUGUACAAGGAGGAUGCGGAUGAUUGGGUGCAGGUUGCGUUGAUUGAGGGGCAUGCGAAGACGGUUUGGUGGGCGGAGUUUGAGGGGAGUGGGAUGGCGGGGAGGGAUUGGAGGAAAGAUGCCACUAACACAUCAAACACAACACUAUCAGAACAGCAACGAUCGGAAUAUAUCACGGAGUUGGAACGAUCGGGACCGCGACUCGCGACGUGCUCAGACGACUGCACGGUACGGAUAUGGCGCCGGAAAGCGAAAGAAGGGGAUGACAACGCGAGUAACAAGACGGGCGUCCCUAGUAUCAUUCGCUCGGCGGCUAUCGAUGAGGAGUGGUAUCAAGACGCUGUUCUGCCACGGGUUCACGAACGCGCUAUCUACUCGGUUUCUUGGAGUCGGAGGACGGGUAUGAUUGUUAGUGCGGGUAGCGAUGGGAAGGUUAUUGUUUAUAAGGAGAGGUGGAGGGGGCAGGCUGGUGGUGAUGAGAUGGAUGUUGAUGGUGCGCAGGCACAGGGAUUGACGGAGUGGGUGGUUGUUGCGGAACUGUUUUCUGGUCAUGAUGUCUUUGAAAUUAAUCAUGUUUGUUGGGCGAAGAGGGCGGAUAAGGGGAGGAGGACGGAGGAUGAAGAAGUGGUUUUGACUACGGGGGAUGAUGGGGAGGUUAGGGUUUGGGUGUUGGAUGCGGUUGAUGCGUCGAGCGCAUGA